CGGUCUGUUUCUCAUCUGCAGUCUUUCCUAUUGCCAAUAGGUUGUGAUCAUGACAAACCAGAGGUCUCAGGGCCAAAACAAUUCAUGCAGUGCACACGCAAACUCAGUAUCCUGUGAUAGAACCAUUAUCAGCACCUGACACCUCGAAAACAGGAAAAACGUUUCAGCAGGAACACAGAUGUUUUGGAGUGUUUGGGGGAGGAGCAUGAUCGCAACUAUAUAUCCCCUGCAGACAGAAAUCUCAACUUCACUCCGUCUAGAGAGGGACUGCCUCCGUCAUGUCUUACUAUGAGCAUAUCGUCUUCGACUACGACCUCAAUGACACAGGCUCCGGCUCUGGCUCUGGCGACCUGGCGGCGGAUCUGCAGGAGCCCUGUGACGUGGAGCAGGUGAUGACUGCUGACCUUCAGCAGGUCUUCUUGCCUGUGGUCUACGCCCUCAUCUUCAUCCUCGGAAUCACAGGAAACGGGCUCGUCGUCAUAGUGCUGGGCUGCCAACGCAGGUCAAAGUGCAGCCUCACAGACCGGUAUCGCCUCCAUCUCUCAGCAGCUGAUCUCCUGUUUGUGCUGGCGCUGCCGUUCUGGGCCGUGGACUCAGCCCUGGCCGACUGGCGCUUCGGUGCGGCCACCUGCAUCGGUGUGCACGUUAUCUACACGGUUAACCUGUACGGCAGCGUGCUCAUCCUGGCAUUCAUCAGCCUGGACCGCUACCUGGCAGUGGUCCGAGCCACGUACACAAACACGGGGGGGCUGAGGCAGCUGCUGGCACACAGACUGGUGUAUGUGGGUGCCUGGUUGCCUGCUGGCCUCCUGGCAGUGCCAGACUUGGUGUUUGCGAGGACUCAGGAGGGAGGGGAGGGGGCCACUCUGUGCCAGCGGUUCUACCCAGCAGACAACGCUCCUAUCUGGGUUGCAGUCUUCCGUCUCCAGCUGGUCCUGGUGGGUCUGGUGAUCCCGGGCCUGGUCCUCCUGGUGUGUUACUGCGUCAUCGUCACCCGGCUGACUCGGGGUCCGCUGGGGGGCCAGAGGCAGAAGCGGCGAGCUGUCAGGACCACCAUCGCUCUGGUUCUCUGCUUCUUUGUGUGCUGGCUGCCCUACGGAGUGGGCAUCUCUGUGGACGCCCUACUGCGCCUGGAGGUCCUGCCCCGCGGCUGCACCCUGGAGGCCGUGCUGGGCGUGUGGCUGGUGGUGGCUGAGCCCAUGGCCUUUGCACACUGCUGCCUGAACCCCCUGCUGUACGCCUUCCUGGGGGCCGGGUUCAAGAGCUCAGCCCGCAGAGCCCUCACUCUAAGCCGGGCCUCAAGUUUAAAGAUUUUACCAAGAAGACGCCCAGGGGCCUCCACCACCACAGAGUCCGAGUCCUCCAGUUUACAUUCCAGCUAGUGUUUGCUUCUGCUGCAUGUAUAUAUAUACUGUGUAUAUAAGUGUGUGUUUAAGGACAUUUACACAAAAGGUCUGAGAAAGUGAGGAGCAGUCUGCUGGUUUACGACUUGUCUUCUCCCUCCAUGUGGGGGUUCUCCUGUAAAUACUGUUUUUAGACAUGAUUUUGGUGCUGCUGUGUGUAUUGAUGUUUUCUAAUAAAAUAUACAAAAUACCCAUA